AUGUUUAUGCCUUGUGUUACUCACAGCCUGAACUUGGUCCUUGGAAACAUGGCCAAAUACACAUGGGAGUCUCAUUUUGAGAGCAUCAGACCUGUCAGACACUGGCUGGGGAAAGUUUGUGAAGUGUUUGAAAAGGCUGCCAAAUCAGCAAAGGAUUCAUCUGUCUUAUCUGAAGCAAUGUCUUUAGUAAAUCAUUCCCUCAACCAUUUUGAAUUCGUUUUAGCUCUUAUGACAUGGCACAACUUCUUACAUGCUGUCAAUGAGAUCAAAGGCAAGCCAGACAUUGGCUCCGAUGAGACUUUAAAGCACCACAAAGCCAAAGACAGAUUUAGAAUUGAAUACUUCUCAGUGGUCAUUGCUGAAGCUUUGAGUGAUACGAGAUCAAAACUCAGAGAGCUGAUGAAUUAUUCCGAAUACUUUGGAUUUCUCUUUCACCUGUUCAUACUUUGUGACAUGAGGAAAUUGAAAUGA